AUGGCAAAUGGUAUUUGUGCGCAGGUGGUCCGCCGGCCCUACGUGUUCAUCUACCGCGACGAGCGCGACCCCAUCGAGCGCGCGGUCAUUAACCUCGCCAACGCGCACGUCGAGUACUCCGAAGACCAGGAGCAGAUGGUCCGCAUGCCUAACACCUUCAGUGUGGUGAGCAAGGAACGCGGAUAUCUUCUCCAAACCCUCGGCGACAAGGAAGUCCACGAUUGGUUGUACGCGAUCAAUCCUCUACUCGCCGGACAGAUUAGGUGUGCGGACACAGGUCGCGAUCGGCGCGGCGCGGCGACAAGGCGGCCGCGGGCGCGGGCGCGGGCGCGGCGCUCGCAUGAGGCCCCGCCAUGGACGCUGUCCUCGUUUAUUAAACGGCUCGCCGCGCGCGAACGUACCGCUAACGGACAUUGA